AUGAGCUACCUGUGGCGCGCAUACACACCCAUUUUCUCAACCCCUGAAGGCGAUUUUGGGGCUCAAGCAUCUUCAAUCAGCUUACUUGAGUGCGUUUAAGAGCUGCCCUGCUUAUUACUCUUACUCAAUACUCGCUACAGAAAAGGACUGCCAUACAACGCUGUCGCUGCGGAUAGCGUCUUCGGACUCGGAUGGUGCUUCUACAUCGACACGAUACACCGCUUGCAGCCAUCGAGUUGA